AACUGCCUCUCACUCUCAGUCCAGAAAGAAGAAGCAGUUGUGUUGAUUUAAGUUGAACAUUUGUGUCUAAGAUUACGAACAAAGCCAUGCCAGUGCUUUCAGAAGACUCAGGUUUACAUGAAACUUUAGCCCUUUUGACAUCUCAGCUACGACCUGAUUCAAAUCAUAAAGAGGAAAUGGGGUUCCUUAAGGAUGUCUUCAGUGAAAAGAGUCUCAGCUACCUGAUGAAGAUUCAUGAAAAGCUCCGUCAUUAUGAAAGACAGAGUCCAACUCCUGUUCUGCACAGCGCAGCAGGAUUAGUUGAAGAUGUAAUAGAAGAAUUGCAGACUGCGCCAGUGAAUAAUGAAGAAAAAGAGCUGCUUCAGCUGCUGACAACACCACAUCUCAGGGCAAUGCUUGUAGUACAUGACACUGUAGCACAGAAGAACUUUGACCCCGUCCUUCCACCUCUGCCUGAUAACUUUGAUGAUGAUUUUGAUGAAGAAUCAGUGAAAAUUGUUCGGCUAGUGAAAAAUAAAGAGCCCUUGGGAGCUACCAUCAGAAGAGAUGAGCAUACAGGGGCUGUGAUUGUAGCAAGGAUCAUGAGAGGUGGUGCAGCUGAUCGCAGUGGUCUUGUCCACGUUGGAGAUGAACUGAGAGAAGUCAAUGGCAUUGCUGUGCUUCACAAACGACCCGAAGAAAUAAGUCAGAUUUUGGCACAGUCUCAGGGAUCGAUAACAUUAAAAAUAAUUCCAGCCAUCAAAGAAGAAGAUCGUCUGAAAGACAGCAAGGUGUUUAUGAGGGCCCUUUUCUGCUAUAAUCCCAAAGAAGACAGAGCCAUUCCCUGCCAGGAGGCUGGUUUGCCCUUUAAGAGACGACACAUCCUGGAAGUUGUAAGCCAAGAUGAUCCUACAUGGUGGCAAGCAAAGCGUGUUGGAGACACCAACCUCAGAGCAGGCUUGAUCCCCUCGAAGCAGUUCCAAGAAAGACGACUGAUGUACAGAAGAAGUAUAGGCACCCAGCCGAAUCCCAGAACGGUGAAGAAGCCAUUAUAUGAUCAGACUUCUGAUAAAGAGGACUGUGACUGUGAGGGAUAUUUCAAUGGACAUUACAUAGCUGGCUUACGCAGGAGCUUUAGGUUAAGUCGUAAAGAGAAGGAAAACAAUCCUAACGAAGCAAAGCAGGCAGAGCAGGCAGAUGCAGCAGAGCUCCUAACCUAUGAGGAGGUCACAAAAUACCAGCAGCAGCCUGGGGAGCAGCAGAGGCUGAUUGUUUUGAUUGGUUGUUUGGGAGCCAGGUUAAAUGAGCUCAAGCAGAAAGUUGUGUCAGAGAACCCACAGGAGUACGGUGUUGCAGUUCCACAUACAACGAGGUCAAAGAAAAGUCAUGAGAAAGAGGGAGUCGAAUACAACUUUGUCUCUAAGCAAUCAUUUGAGACAGAUGUGCAGCAAAACAAAUUUGUGGAACAUGGAGAAUACAAGGAAAACCUGUAUGGCACAAGUCUUGAGGCAAUCCGGUCUGUGAUGGCCAAAAAGAAGGUUUGUUUGGUGGAUGUGGUUCCUGAAGCAGUGAAGCACUUGAGGACUCCUGAAUUUAAGCCUUAUGUUAUCUUUGUGAAGCCCCUCAUUCCAGAAAAGAAAAAAAAUGUCCUAAAAUCUCCUGUGUCAGAAGAAAUCUCAACACCCCUUCAGGAUGAAGAACAGCAGGAAAUUAUUAAUUCAGCAGCAUUCAUUGAAGAGCACUAUGGCCAUUUAAUUGAUGCUACGCUGGUGAAAGAAGAUCUCCAGAGUGCGUGUAAUCAGCUUAAAACUGUGCUAGAUAAGCUAAACAAGGAUUCAUUUUGGGUGCCAGUCAGCUGGGUUAGGUCAUAGUUUGCUAUCAUCUGUUUAAAGGAAAGAAUUUAUUUAAAAAGCCUUGUAAAUAUACGGAUGACAAAAGGGAAAUAUGUUGAUUUCACUGCAAAACUGCCAUUCUCUCUAGAAAGUAAUAUGUAAAGACUACAGGGGGAAAAAAUAAAGUCAGAAGCUGAUACUGCCUUCUUGAAUUGGAAUCCUGAGUACCAGCUGUGCACUCUCAACCUGAGCAGGUUAGUGAAAGACUGGAGUGACUUUUAGACUGCAAAUAUUGCACUCUGUAAGGUGAAAAUGUGCAGAGGGUCCCAUCUCCAAAAGCACUGAAGCAAUGCUAGGACAGCUAGAAGCUUCAGCAUUUGGCCAGACCUCGUGUGGCAUCUGAACAAGAUUCUUCAUCCAGCAGCAAGUCUGCUACUUGAGGGGUGAGGGAGAGUGCCCACACCCUGUCAGUUACUUAAAGGUUCAGCUGGCUUUCUUCCACUCAGGAUUACUGGUUGCAAACCCUUUUAAUUAUGCACAAAAACUAGACUGGCUCUGUAAAUCGUCUGUGUUUUAGCAGCUGAGGGGUGGCGGUGGGAUUUUUGUUUGUAUUGUUGGUUUUGUUUUUCAAGCUCAGCCCUUUCCCAGUGCUUCUGGCUGUCUUGCAUAGGUAGUAAUUAGUCUGCUCAGCUAUGGCUUUUGCCCACUUUCCCAAUCGCUCUCUUCCUAACAGCACAGGAUUGAUGUUAAGCAACCUGUAAACAUACCUGUGUGAUUGAUCCAGCUCAUAACCUGGGGACAUUCUGUAGUCUAUCUGAAAAGUGUGUAUGGUAUAAAACAUGACUUGAAGAAGCUUAUUUUCAACAAGGCAUCUUUGCAAAUGCCAACUGCUGGGGCGCCACGUGGAUGGACAGCAACAGAGCAGCUCUGCAUAGGCUGCCAGGAGGAGGAGGUUGAAACAUCAGGAAGCUGAGCUACAGCACUGAAUCAUCAUUCUCCCAGCACUUAUGAAUACCUUUGUUACAAAUCAAGUGAAGGCAGCCAAAGCAUGCACUUGGCUCCAUCACGUCUUGAAGAGGAAAUUUUAUCUGUUGGAGGACUUGGCAGAAAGAAGAUGCAGCUUUUUAAGGUGGGCAAGUCUAAGAAAACACAUUGAUUUUGUGAGUAUGGUGCGGGUGUGUAUUACCUGAAACUUGUUCCUGUUUUCCAUUGCCUGUUGAGUUCUAAUCUUUCCUCUGUACUGUGCCCUCUCACAACACCUUCUGGUACACUGGUCUCAUUCUUUUAACAGUGUGAUGUUAUUCUUGUUCCAGAGCAUUCAGCAAAACUAACACCAUUACUUAUUAAAAGCGUAUUUCUUA